GUAUUAAAUACUCGGUUAACUAAAAAAAGGUGUCCGUAGACCGGCGGCUUGCGAUCUCAUAUAUAAAGGUUGUCAAUAGUUGCAACACUCUCAGUACGACUCUAGUCGCUUUGCCGCUUGGAUCGGGCGCGUGUAAAGCGCCGACCACACGGAGAGGGCGAGAGAGGCAACUCGAAACAGCUGAGCGGCAACUCCAGCCAUCCCAGACAUGUGGACCAAGUGAAUGCAGUGUUUCAGUGACAUAAUAUUUGUGCAGCAUAAACAAGAAAACGUGAAUUUUGACAGCGAUUCUAACAAUGGAUACCAAAACUUCGAUGCCUGGUCAGGAGUGGCACAUCCCGCGGCCGUCGUUAUCCACAUGUAGCACGGGCAGUGUGGACGCGAGGUCGCGAGGAGGAUCGGCAUCAAGUCAGGGCUCUUCCAGUAAUCAUAGCACGCAUAGUGCAUCAUCAGGUUCACUAUUGCUAAGCGCUGCUAACUUGGCAAGAAUGAACAAAGGUCCAGUAGAAACCGAAUACACCGUAUACCCAAAACCGAUAGGCUACGGUCGUAAGCCGACUAUGACGAGCACCGUUAUGUCAAUUCCAGAAGAAUCUCGCGAGGUGGCUGACAAGUUCUGGAAUGACGUCAAACGAGGUUCCGUAUCGGGGCACGACGCCGCUUCGGUGGCCAGCUCCACCCAUUUCACUGUGGUGAAUGGGUUCACGAAGCAACGCACCGAAAAAGAACCUAAAACUUGUUGCUGUAAUCACUCCCACCAGAUAACUGUACUGGUCAUAUCCAUGACUAUACUACUCUCAGCUUGCAUACUAGCAGCAAUUUGCUUCGUUGAAAUGAGAAUGCGCAAGGAGACGGGCAUCUAUAAGUAUUCUUAAUUUCUAAGGUAUUCAUUGCGUUGUGGAACACGUUUCCUUUAAUAGCAAAUAAUCAGGACUGGAAAAUUGCUAAUUUAAAUAAAUAAAAUCCAGUAAAGUAUUAGUUCAAAAGAUAAACAAUUGUUGUAUCUAAAACAAAUAAAUCUAUUCAUAUUAUGACGUCUCAGCGAUAAGUAUGUACGUCAUGAAGAAUCUAAAGAGAUUUAAGAACAUAGUACAAGUUUGCCGUUCCCGGUAGAGCCAUGGUUGUUCACGGGGCCUUAGUGGGCAUGCGUUGUUUUCCACGCGUAUUAUUGUGCCCGCUUAGUAAAAUCUCAACAGACAUUAUUUGUAAGAACAAUUAGCCUAUUGUUAAUGACUAAGUGCAAUAAUUAUCCAGUUUAAUUUAGAAUAAUUUAGCGUAUUAAAUAAUUUAUUUAUUUCAGUGCUCAAAAUUGUACAACUUUUAUAAUAAAAAAAUCUUUAUCAAUCCUAUCAUGUAUAGCAACAAUAUACUUAAGAUUGUAAGACUAUAUUCCAGCUAAUAUUCUCAGUAUAUGACAAUUGACAAAAAGAGGUCACAUUGAAGGCUGAUAAGGCCUGUUCAAUUAAAUUGCUUUUCUAAUGUGUGUUUUUGUUGAAUGUGACAUCACCCUAACAAUGUCAAAUAGAGAAACCUUAUAAGUUUUUAACAUAACCCACAAUAUUCUGGAAUAAAAUUCAGUAAAUGUAAGUAAUUAGUAUACAGGGUGCCUAGUAAUAGUAUUUAAUUUCCUUGUUUGACUAUGAGAUAUUAUACUAAGCACUCUGUGGUAUAUGCGAGAUAUAUACGCAUCUGUGAUGUCUAAGGUUUCUAGUAUGGAUAUAAAUUGUAAAUUAAACAUUUGGUUAACACAAUAAUGUGUAAUAUAUUAGUUGUAGGACUUUUUAUUUAUUAUUCAAUAGAUUACAAGUAAUAACAAUUAGAUAAUUGAAGGUCUGGUUGUUCAUUGUUUUUAAUAUAUGUUCCAACCCUUUAUAGUCUUUUGCUGAACUUGGAUUUUGCCCUACACAAUAUGCAAAAGUAAAUCCUUAAUUAUUACCUACAAUAGUGAAAAAGUAUUGUCAAAAUGAUGUUUGUAUCAAUAUACUUUUCUAUAUUAACAGCAGUUAAAUUGUAAAUAUUAGGUAGUCUAAUUUUGGAAGGCCUGUGAUAACCAAGCAUAUUAACCUGUGUAUUGUCUUUCAAAUGCAAUAUUAAUAAAAAACUGUAAAUUU